AUGAAACACCCUUUUGUUAUUCCUCUAUUAGUGUUAUCCUUUCUUGCAAUACAAUGUAGUCCUCAGCCACAUUAUGCCUGCGACAAGAAUGACCCCAACACUACCACCUAUACAUUCUGCAACACUUCUUUGUCGUUUGCAGAUCAAGCCAGAGACAUAGUCUCUCGCUUAACGCUCAAAGAAAAGGCGGAGCAGUUGGUUAACACUGCUUCAGGAGUAUCCAGGCUGGGCGUCCCGGCCUACGAGUGGUGGUCUGAGGCACUUCAUGGCGUUUCCAACACGGGGCCCGGUGUUACUUUCAACGAUGUAGUGCCAGGGGCUACAAGCUUCCCAUCUGUCAUCCUCUCGGGUGCCAGUUUCAAUGCUUCCUUGUGGUAUGCAUUGGGACAGGCUGUGUCAACCGAGGCUCGAGCAAUGCACAAUGUUGGCUUGGCUGGUUUGACCUAUUGGAGCCCAAAUGUGAAUGUUUUUCGCGAUCCCAGGUGGGGGAGAGGCCAAGAAACUGCAGGCGAGGACCCUCUCGUGGUCGCCAAAUAUGCUGUUAACUAUGUUAAAGGCCUGCAGGAGUUCAGUCCAGACUCAAAUCCCAGAAAGGAUAAUAGACUCAAAGUUUCAAGCUGCUGUAAGCUAACUGCUUAUGAUCUUGAUAAAUGGAAUGGUGUUGAUCGGUUUCACUUCGAUGCUGAGGUAACACCACAGGACUUGGAGGAUACUUUUCAGCCUCCAUUCAAAAGCUAUGUUGAGGAGGGCCAUGUUAGCAGUGUCAUGUGUUCAUAUAAUCGCGUUAAUGGCGUUCCCACUUGUGCUGAUCCGAAUCUGCUCAAAGGAAUCAUCAGAGAUCAAUGGGGUCUAGAUGGAUAUAUUGUCUCAGAUUGUGAUUCAAUUCAAGUCUAUUAUGAAGCCAUACAUUAUACUGCUACACCCGAGGAUGCUGUUGCCCUUGCCUUAAAAGCAGGUUGUAUUAACCUCAAGGACUCCAAAUUUCCAACAUUAUAUAGAGACAACCUUAAAUUGCCAGGUUUUCAAGAGAAACUUGUGACAGAUGUGGUUGGUGCCACUAAUAAUGCAUCUGUCAUUCUUGUUGUCAUGUCCUCUAGCCCAAUUGAUAUCACUUUCGCGAAGAACAAUCGCAGGAUUGGUGCAAUUUUAUGGGUUGGGUAUCCUGGUCAAGAUGGGGGAGAAGCCAUAGCUCAAGUCAUCUUUGGUCAUUACAAUCCAGGUCUCCAUUUUAGCCUUGCAGAUGGUGAUGGGAAGAGGAAGGUGGUGACUGGUCUUCAUUCCAUUGUUGUUGGUGCUCCCAGUGAGCGCCAAGUUAGGCACUAUUUCAAUAUCAGGCUGGCAGGGAAGGAGAUAAUGUGAACUGUAAACUCCAUCUGAUAUAAGCUUAUAACAGUUUAUGUAAUAAAAUGAAAGAAUAACUAUAUAUGGUGUGAUCAUAGCUGUUGCUGAAA